AUGCCCCCCAUCAACAACCUAUUCCGGCCCUUUUUUGCCCAAAACACCAGGCUUCUCCGUCAACCCUUCUCAACACCUAGACGCGCCGAAGUAAUGACGACCCAGGUCGCUUUCGCAGCCGCCGCUGUUGGCAUUGGCGCCUAUGUGUACAUGAGAAGCGGUGCCACUGCAGCUCCCGCCACGUCGGCCACGGGUGCCAGCAGCGACACCACAAAGCCAUACUUCAGCGGCUUCGGAUUCCGCACCCUCAAGCUGCACAGCUCCGAGGUCGUCAACCACAACACCAAGAAGCUCCGCUUUGAGCUUCCAGAUCCGAAUCAGUCGAGCGGCCUUACCCUCAGCUCCGCUCUCUUGACUGUCUCUUUUCCCCCUACGAACGGCCGGUGGACUCCCGUGAUCCGGCCUUACACACCCACCAACCCUCUGGACGAGCCCGGGUUUGUCGAGUUGACGGUCAAGCUCUACCCCGACGGAAAACAAAGCGGAUACUUGCACUCCCUCAAGCCUGGCGACAUCAUCUCCUGCCUUCGGAUACCCGAAUAUGUCUGGCAGCCCAACAAGCACGAUCAUGUCGCUCUGAUUGCCGGUGGCGCUGGCAUCACGCCCAUGUACCAGCUCAUCCAGGGCAUCUUGGCCAACCCCGAGGACAAUACCAGGAUCACUCUCGUUUGGGGUGUUAACGGUGACAGGGAUAUAUUCCUCAAGAAGGAGUUUGCCGAACUGCAGUCAAAGUACCCAGGGAGAUUUAGAGCCGAGUAUGUUGUUUCCCAGCCAGAGGCCGGCUCGACGUAUCGCAAGGGAUAUGUGAACGGGAAAGUACUUGAGGAACUCGGACUGGGCGCCAAUGAGGCGAAGAACAAGAGCAUCAAGGUCAUGAUUUGUGGGCCGCCGGCGAUGGAAAAGGCAUUGAAGGGGGGCAAAGGCCCGUUUGCCAACAAAACUGGCGUUCUCCACGAGCUGGGCUACAAGCCUGAUCAGAUUUACAGUUUUUAA